GACAUCACAACAUAACAGUUGCUUGCUGGGCUCCUGCUGCCAGCACAUUGACUGACAAGGUCCGUCAGUAUUUUCUUGGAGGGUCAAAUCAACUCAUACAAACUGAUAUUAUUAAUUUAGGGAAAGAUAGAUUCAAAUUAAACACUCAGUCAAAGGGCAAUAUACAAGUACAAAUAGAUUUAGUUCUAAGGAAUUUCAGCCAGUUUGGUGUAGAGUACAAAUAAUAGAGUUUAAGUAAAAAUGAAAGUUAUUACCUAUUUUGCUUUCACUGUAUUAUCAGUAGUGAUUCAGUUUGUUGUUAUGGAUUUAAUUCAAGAAAAACUUAACAUAGAUGAUGAUAAAAAGGUUGAGUUUAAUGCAACUAGUGUAAAGAGAAGUUUCAGUGAUGUGGUACAAUAUCCUCAAGCCUUGUACUACCGCACACCAUAUAAUAAAAACAAUAAGAGCCCUGUAAUUGCUAAAACUUACAGCAACUCUUCCAUACCUGAAAUAACAUUAGAAACUUCCACCGAUCUUACAAGCACCUUAAUUGAUUUACUUUAUGAUGAAAAUAGCUCGGUCACUGAAGGCUUCUUUACCACAGUAACAGAGUCUCUUGACAUGAAUACUGAAGAGAUUGAUAAUGUGACUGAAGUGUCUAUUUUUGGUAUAAAAAACAUCACAGAAACUAAGCCAAAGUAUGUACCUAAGAAAACAGAGAACACAGAUUGUUAUUGUAAUUUACUGCAUAAGGUGUGUGACAUCAACUGUUGCUGCGAUAGUGAUUGUACUGAUACUCAACGUGAAAUGUUCGAAUGCUCCGAAAGUGUUUUCAAUGGAGAGGACAGUGACAGCUUUUGCUAUUCUCAACUCUACUUGAUGGGGUCAAGCAUCGACAACUUUUUUUGUGUCGUUAAAAGCAAUUUGCCUGACAAAAGGAAAAUCAUUCAUCAAAAGCAUGAUCCAGACAUUGUCAAUAAAGCUUUCAAAUGGCAUUCCAGUCACAAUAGAAAUGUAGUUCAAGCAUUUAAGAAAGCAUUGUAUAAGUAUGGUGACCCUGUCUGGCUUUUACAAAAUGGUUCAGCAACUUACUUAGAUUUACCGUCGACUAUGGUGAAUAAUUAUUGCAAUGACAGAAAACCUAUUAAGUUUUUAAGAGAUGAAACAAUGAAAUGUAAUGUGAAACUAACAGAUCUUGAAGCAUUGCAAAUUCUCAACAUUGUAGAGAAGACUUCGGUUAUAAGCGUCACCGCAAACUCAUUUAAUACUUCUGCUUUGAAUUGUUCUACACUUCACUGCACAAAUUGGACGACACUUUUGUGUGAUGAGUCAAUAUGUACAUUAUAUAACAAAACUUUGCACGACCCUUUAUGCACAAACAGCGUAUGUUCACAUCUUGCACUGAGAAUCGAUUAUAUAUUUCAUUACUAUGAAGAGAAGAUUAUGAACGCAACAAUAAAGUUGUACACUCAAAAGGUAUCGCUUCACGUGCCUCUCAUUGAACAAGUGAUUAACGUAAAAUUUGUUAUCGCAAACAAGUCUCUUGAAGAGAUUGUUGAGUUUAGUGGCAAUCCUGGCUACAUAAUAGGGCUUCCUGUCAUAGUAUCAUAUUCUGAAGCUAACCAUACGGACAAUUUCUACAAUAACACAAAUAAACUAGAAACAUAUUUAUCGUAUCUGAGCAGUACAAAUGGAAUAUGCAUACGAUCUGAUAUUACCCACGAUUAUUUGUUAUUUGGAGUCAACAAGAGAAAGAAGUGUCGCUAUGUUUAUCUACAAAACUCAACAUUACAGCGCAACGAAAGCGAAACUUGCAAAACUAUCCAGAAAAACAUACUAAAUCUAUUAGGAUUCAAUAGAAAAUUCGCAGUGUCUCCAUUGGGAAAUGUAUAUGGCUUAUCAGAUAACGAUUGGAUGUCAACAACAAUUGAACAUCCAAAAGAAUUCCUGUAUGGAAAGCAUAGCGCACAGAAAACAAAGUUACAUUGCUAUAAUCUAAUUAAUAGAUUUUCACUAAUAUUUACGUAUGCUGAUGUGAGUGAGGACCCCUUACAAAAGAAAAUUAAAAUAUUAAGUAUAAAGAUAGAUACUCAUCCCAGGAACGUUACGUUUAGCGUUGAAGACAUGUCGACUGUACUCACUAUGGAUGUUUCUUUCAUAGACGAAACAAAACCAAGUCUAUACGAAUAUGCUACUGGACCGCAGUUAAACAUCCACCUACCUAAAGACUUCUUUUUCCCGUUUCCUUCUAAUAGAGCUAACAUCGACACAUAUGAUUCCAAAUUGCAAUUGUGGUUAGUGUUUGUUUGUGUAAUAAUAUUUUUUGAGCAAAUAAAAUAACUUUAUGGUAAACUAAUAAUUUUAUUUUUGAAAUAAUUUAAAUACUUUUGUUACUUCU